AAAAUGCGUGAAAUAGUUCAUGUUCAGGCAGGACAGUGUGGAAACCAGAUUGGAUCAAGGUUCUGGGAAAUAAUAUCAGACGAGCACGGUAUUGACGAGACUGGUGUCUAUAAAGGAGUGAGCCCGCUUCAAGAAGAGAGAUUAAAUGUUUAUUACAAUGAAGCCUCCAGUGGUAAAUACGUCCCGAGGGCAGUCCUCGUGGACUUGGAGCCAGGAACUAUGGACUCCAUCAGGGGUGGUCCUUAUGGACAACUUUUCAGACCUGAUAAUUUUGUGUUCGGACAAAGUGGAGCAGGUAACAACUGGGCGAAGGGCCACUACACAGAGGGAGCUGAACUGGUCGACGCUGUCCUCGAUGUGAUCAGAAAAGAAGCUGAAGGAUGCGAUUGCUUACAGGGUUUCCAGAUGACGCACUCCCUAGGAGGAGGCACAGGCUCUGGUAUGGGCACAUUGCUUCUCAGCAAAAUUCGCGAAGAGUACCCUGACCGCAUCAUGAACACCUUCAGCGUGGUGCCCUCCCCCAAGGUGAGCGAAGUGGUCCUAGAACCGUACAACGCGACGCUGUCUGUUCACCAACUGGUCGAAAAUACUGACAUGUCAUUCUGCAUCGACAAUGAAGCUCUCUACAACAUUUGCUUUAGGACGCUACGACUGAACAGCCCCGGCUACAGGGACUUGAACCACUUGAUAUCCCUGACGAUGUCGGGUGUGACCACCUGUCUACGUUUCCCUGGACAGCUGAACGCUGACCUAAGAAAACUUGCCGUCAACAUGGUACCAUUCCCGAGGCUUCACUUCUUUAUGCCAGGUUUUGCACCGUUAACAGCAAGAAAUUCCUUCAACUAUCGCGCACAAACUGUUCCGGAGCUCAUGACACAGAUGUUCAACCCCGGCAACAUGAUGACAGCGUGCGACCCUCGACACGGCCGGUACUUGACCGUGGCCACCAUGUUCAGAGGUCAUAUGUCGAUGAAAGAAGUCGACGACCAGAUACUGGCGAUACAAAACAAGAACUCAAGCUAUUUUGUGGAAUGGAUCCCCAACAACCUGAAGGUCGCGGUGUGUGACGUCCCGCCGCGCGGACUUAAGAUGUCUGCCACGUUUAUCGGCAACUCGACGGCUAUACAGGAAAUAUUCAAACGCAUUUCGGAGCAAUUUACUGCCAUGUUCAAGAGACGGGCAUUCCUUCACUGGUACACGGGCGAAGGUAUGGACGAAAUGGAGUUCACUGAGGCAGCGAGCAACAUGGCUGACUUAAUUUCUGAAUACCAGCAGUACCAGGAUGCUCUCGUCGACGACGAGGAAGUCGGUUUCGAUGAAGAAGAAGAGGAGGAAGACGCGCAGUACGACGAGAAGGAGACCGUCAGAGUCGCGCCGCUGCCGCUGUGAUAUAGUAAAUAGAUGAUAUUUUGAAUAAAA